AUGGCUAACGGCAUCCUUCUGACAAGGGCGCCGGCAGCACUAACGGUGGCGUUCCUGCUGCUCCUCGGAACAGUCGGCGUCUCCGUGAACGGUCAGCUCCAGUUCGGGUACUACUCCGAUGAGUGCCCUGGCGCCGAGGACAUCGUCACCGCCGUCGUGCAGCAGGCCGCCGCCUCCGACGCCACCAUCCUCCCCGCACUCGUCCGCCUCCAGUUCCACGACUGCUUCGUUAGGGGCUGCGACGCGUCGGUGCUGAUCACGAGCACGGGCAGCGCCGCCGAGGUGAACAACAACAAACACCAGGGCCUCCGCGGCCAGGACGUCGUCGAAGCCGCCAAGGCGGCGAUCGAGGACCAGUGCCCCGGAGUCGUCUCCUGCGCCGACAUCAUCGCCCUCGCCUCCCGGGACGCCAUUGCCAUGACGAACGGGCCGUCGUUCCAGGUGCCGACGGGGCGGCGGGACGGGCUGUCGUCGAACCUCCGAGACGCCGACGUGCUGCCGGACGUCAGCGACUCCAUCCAGGUGCUCCGCAACAAGUUCGCCGCCAGUGGCCUCAACGACCGCGACCUUGUCCUCCUCACAGCGGCGCACACCAUCGGCACGACGGCGUGCUUCUUCGUCAAGGACCGGCUGUACGGCUACCGCGGCGGCGCGGGGUCGGACCCGUCGAUCCCGGCGCCGUUCCUGUCGGAGCUCAAGUCCCGGUGCGCGCCUGGCGACUUCAACACGCGCCUGCCGCUGGACCGCGGCAGCGAGUUCAGCUUCGACGACAACAUCUACCGCAACAUCCGGGCCGGCCUCGUCCCCAUCGCCUCCGACGCCGCGCUCGACGCCAGCAACGCCACCGCCGCGCUCGUCGCGUCCUACCUCGGCGCCGCGGCACCCAGCUUCGCGCAGGAAUUCGUGGGCGCCAUGGUCAAGAUGGGCACCAUCGGCGCCAUCACCGGCGACGCCGGCGAGGUCAGGGACGUCUGCUGGUCCUUCAACUCCAACUGA